CGGUACGCGAGUGUGCGACGUCGCGAGCUCUCCGUAAUUUUUGCUUUGUACGUUUUUAUUUUUGUAAUUAACUCAUGAAGACGGAAUGAUUAUAAAUGUAAUAACCUCAAGUGAUAAGAAAUGUGAUAAUACAACGCAAUGGCCCUCAAAAUUCGCUGUGUAUCCUACUACUAUGUGAUCCCGUGCAAUAACUCGUCACUUCGGUUGUUUGUCAAUGACGUCUGCGUUUAGCGCAGCAAAAAGUGGAAUUUUAGUUUUGAUUGUGACAAGUAGUGCAAACAGAAAUAAUACAAAUCGUGCUAAUUGAUGAGUGUCUGUAAAAUGGAUGAGUGUUUUCUCCGUUGGAACCUUCUUUUACCAACAGGAGCAAUCCGAGGAGUCUCAUGAAGAAAGGGCCGCACAAAAUGAUGCUGGAGUCAAGCCGGUACGACAAGUGGGAGCGGGCGGGCUCUGGCGGCGGCAGCGGCGGGGGCGGCGGGCCGGGCGGCUCGUGGGCGGGCCGCGACCGCGAGCGCGACCGCGAGCGCGAGCGCCAGGCGCGCGCGCACCAGAUGUCGCACGCGCACGCCGCCGAGCCGGAUGCCUCCUCGCUCUUCCCGGCGCCAUUCAGGGUGACUGGCAAUAGUGACCGCGUGAGCCAGCAGAUCCGCACGAAGCUUGGCGACUACAACAUUGCGCAGACGCUGCUCGAUGACCCCAGCAAGUCCAUCGGUAUCUGCGCCGAGCCCGCCAGCCCAGCCCCAUGCCCCCCGUCGCGGCGAGAGAGCGAGUUCAAGAAGCCUGCGCACGCGCCGCAGAAUGGUCGCGUGCACCAUCGCCCCUACAUGUACAACAAGAGCGACGCGGCCGGCUCGACAGGGGCGCCAGCGCACCGGCCGCCCAACUUGCGGAUACCUAACGGAUUCCAAGCUCAGAAUGCCAUCGACAGCAGUCAACCGCCAAUAGAAUCUAUUUUAAAGGAAAUGAAGUCCCUGCCUACUCCGUUGUCUGUGAUAGCGGCGACUCCGCGGAAAGAACUCGAGAACAAAUUCACCUUCAACCCACACACCAAAUGCCUGGUGCAGGAAACCCCUCAACCCACAAACGAUCUCAAAACACCUCCCCUACCUAAACCCGGUUUAGACAACCGGAUAUCGAACUCAAGGAGUUCUGUGUCACCAGACGUGGUGAACAAAGACCUGGGUUUGUCGGAGAGUGACGACGAGGUCGCGGCCACCACCACCAGGCUAGAGCCAAUCCUCUCGCCAAUCGGCUCCGGCGGCAGUCCCAGUUCGGGCUCCGAGUCGUCGCCCUCAGACUCGGAGUCGGAGUCGUCCUCCGGCGAGUCAGUGGGCCCGGCGGCGGCGCCCGCGGCGGCCCCGCCCGCGCCUGCGCCUCCCGCCCUGCGCUCAUCGUGGAGUCUGUCCAACUUCGCGCCGCCGCCUGCUCACCCGCCCGACCAGCCCUAUGAGUCCAAGGAGCUUAGACAUGCGCUCGCCGAUGUUAAAGGGAAGCCGAGUCCAAUCUCGGACCUAUCAAGCUCGGAGACGUCGUCGCCGUCUCCUGGCGCGCGUCGCCGCCGCUCCACAGCCAACCGCUCGUCUGCCGUCUCCAGCGACGACGAGCCGCCGCGCCCUAGCAACACGACGUCGCCCCGUCUCGCGGCGACGGCGGUCGGGCAGCAGGCGCCGCUGAAACGCGGGCGGCCUCCAAAGAAAUCGACAUCCGAGCCUCCGAAGAAGAAGCGCGGCCGGCCACGCAAGCAACGUGCCACGUCCCCCGUCCCGCCCGCUGGGGCCGAACGGGACACGCGAGACAACCGGGACGCGCGGGACAGGGAGCGCGACAAUCGGGACAGCGAGCCCGAGACAGAGCCCACGCCGGCCCCGCACGCGGCCCUGCAUGACACCAAGACGCAUAUCUUCCGGAAGGUAUUUACGCCGAAAAAGGACGAAGGGGGUAAGGGCGGGAAAGGCGGGAAAGGGAAAGGGGGGAAAGGCAAAGGCCAGGUCACCAUCAUCGAGGUCACGGCGCCGGAGUCAGGGGCCGACGAUGAUGAGAGAAGAAACGAGGAAGCUCUGGCCCGUCUGUCACCGCCUCCCGAAGACCGGCGUCGAGAGGAAAGACAGUCCAAACGGGGGAAUACUCCCCGGUCCGACUACAGACGUCCUGAAGACAGGGUCGACAGGAAUCCGGACCGGACGGCCGACCGGAUACAAACGGAAAGGACGUCCAACGACCGGAUACAAGACCGCGACAGGAUGUCUAGCGAUCGGCUCACGACGGACAGGUUAUCAAGCGGCCUUACCACUGACCGUCUGGUCGCCGACAGACUGUCAUCAGACCGGCUAACGGCCGAUCGUCUCACCUCCCCCGCAAGUCGACUUACCUCCCCCGCGGGUCGACUUACCUCCCCGGCAAAUCGACUUACCUCCCCGGCGGGUCGACUUACCUCCCCGGCGGGUCGACUUACCUCCCCAGCGGGUCGACUUACCUCCCCCGCUGGCCGACUAACCUCCCCCGCCGGUCGGCAUCCAAACGACCGGUUAUCCGCUGAUCGACACGAUCGACUCACGUCGGACAGGUUAUCCUCAGAUCGCCUUUCAAGCGACAGGAUAUCCUCCGACAGAUUGGGAGUGAUCGGAAGCGAUAGGUUGUCGAUCGGUAGCGAUCGGUUGUCGAUCGGCAGCGACCGGGUUUCGUCGGAGAGGUCUAGUGAGAGGGUUUCUGGGGAUAAAACGACCCUGGAGCAUACUCGGGUGUCCGGGGACAAGGCGCCGGAGAAGAUUCCUCUUGAGCGAGCGCCCCCGGAUAAGACGUCUGUAGAACGGGUGCUGCCUGACAGAUAUGUUCGUGCAGAGGCCGAUGUUGGUUCAGGGAUUAAGUCUGGCCGCGGCAGUGAGAGACUCGAAGAGGCUUCUUCCAAUGUGGCGGCGGGCGGGCGCACGCGGCUGGUGGUGCGCGUGCCGCUGUCGCGCCUGCGCAGCGAGCUGGCGCGCGCGCUGCAGCGGCCGCCGCCCUCAAGGCCCACCAAGCGCCGGCAGGCGCCGCCCAGCGAACAGGGCGGCGAGGUGGCGGCCACCAACCACGAGCGGUCCGGCGGCGCGGGCCGUACGCCCAUCUACUACUCGUACUUCGAGCGCCUGCCUGCCGACGCGCUAUCGGACGAGGAGCGAGACCACAAGUACUACUUAGGCGAGGCAAAACGCUUGCGUACGGCGGCGGAACGAGAACAGGAACCACUUGCUCGGGUCAUGCUAUACCUUGAGUCGGUCCUAUGCUUCGUUCUCACCGGGCGAGUGCUGGAACUAGAGCUGGACACCAAACGAGCCUUCACCAUCUACAGGGAGACCAUAGAGUAUAUCAAGUCGAUACACUCGAUGCCGCAGAGGUUCCGCGCCUCGCCGCACUCUACGUUCAGCAAGUUGGAUAUUUUGAGCCUCCGCGUCCAAGCGCUACUGUACCUGCGGAUGUUCAAGAUGUACAACCGGGAGGUCAAGGAGUACUACAAGAUAGUCCAAGAAUAUCAACAAAAGGUAAACAUUCCGGCGUGCGCGGAGUCGGUGUCGCCGCUGUCGCCGUCGCCGUCGCCGGCGGGGUCGGUGGGGUCGGCGGGGUCGGCGUCGUCGGGCUACUGCUCGCUGGCCCACUCCGUGCCGGCGCACGCGCACCACGCGCUGCUGCAGCUCACCAAGUACUACACGUUCCUGUACGUGGCGCACGAGCUGUGGGAGCAGGCCGACUGCUUGUGCCGACUGAGGCCUAAUCAAGAUUUGUUCAUAGCAGUGGACCGCAAGUGCGGGCCGCUGACGCUGUUCUCGACGUUCCGUCACCUGGUGCAGUACGUGCGGCACGCCAUCUCGCUGCUCAAGCACGCGCCGCGCGAGUGACCGCAGCGCCGCCUGCCCAGCGCACGCUCCACGCUACUGUACAGCAUACCUGCGGCCCGGGCGAGAUAACUAGGCUUUAGCCGUUCAGACUAUUCAAACACUUCCUAGUAAAUGCCAGUUAUCGAUCAAAUAGCCCGCAGUAACUUCCAAUAUCCAUUCUUAGACGGAUCUAAUGAAUCGUUCGGUUAUAUAAGUUGUCAUCAGCCCAUCGGGCAAAUAGAUAGUUUACCAUGUGAGACGACACUUUCGCAGUCUUUGCCAACCUGUUGUAUAUUAUCAGCCAAAGAAACCACUUAACCAAUGAAUUACGACUUCACGAACUUGAAUUGAUGUUUGGAUCAUGGUGGCGAUUUGUGGCCCGGUUAAUGGAAAUAGGCUCGCACUGUAUACCAUGAAACAUAGGUGGCGAGGAGUUGGUGUAUAUUCUAUAGACCGCUGCCUAGUUUCUGGAUACAGGCGUAAUGCUAUUUUAUGUUAUUCAAGCAUUUCUGGAAAAGAAAAUAAUAUAUUGUCUUAUGUUAUUGUCAGCUUCGUGUUGUGUCUGAUGGUCUAGUUAAUUCGCUCGGGUUGUAAACGUGUCCACUUUAGGAUUUGGUAUGUGUUGCCAUACAAAGAAGUCCUAGGGCUCCGCUGUUGUGGACGCGAAGGUAGGCUGCUGGUGUCUUUGGAUAUGGGUGGAGAUUUAAAGUCUUACUUGUCAAAUCUGCUGGCUAACUAACACGUAUGUGCGUGCGAAACAGAUUCGCUGCCCCAAUAUUCAAAGAUGCCAACUGGUCUACCGCUUAAAUUACUCAACAUCAAUACUUAUCUGCGAUAAAUACCUAAAUCUUCAACGCCUUGACCUUAACGACAUUAGAUGAGGGUAGGAGUUGUAGGCGAAAUUAUUGACAUUAAAUCGAUGUUCCAAACGUAUUGAAAUAAUGUCUUACUGUUGAAGUAAUUGUUACUUGCAUUUCGAUUGAUAUAUCAAUGAUUUAUGCAAUAUAUGCUAUAUUGCAAUAAGUAAAAGAAAUUACUGAAACAAUACUUUAUAAUUAUACUCUCAAAAACCUAAUCGAUUACUCCAUUUUGAUUAUUAUUUCUAAGAUGUGUCUCCGUUCAAUACUCUGAAUGUGAAAACCAAAAAGAUUUCGUUAUACGGAAUCUAGAAAUUCAGAUUAAUACUCAAUUAUUUUAUAUUUAACUUCUACUGUUAAACUAUAGAAGUUUCAUACAAACUUUGUCAUCAAUUUUUACCCCCUGAGGGGUUGGAUUUCGCAAAAUCCCGUCUUAGUGAGCACCUUCGUCGUAGAAGGAGCCCCCGUGCAAAAUUUGAGACUCCUAGCACUUUUUUGAGAUUUCGUGAUGAGUGAAUGAGACAGUCAGUGAAUUUUCGCUUUUAUAUAUGUACAUAAUUUAGUGUGAAAUUCAUAGUAAGAUUAACAUGGACCUGCCAUUUCAAUCGAACGCAAUUUGCUAUUACUUCGCUAUAAGACAUUAUACAAUUAUAUUUUGACGCCGUUUUAUGACGGAUAUAUUAAAUAUAGAUUGACAAGGAUCUUAUGGCACUUGGAUGACCUGAUGUGCACCAUCUCCAAAUGGAGAAUUCCAUUUAUACAUGUGGCAUUAUAACGAAUAGUAAGGGGGAUGAUUCAGACCAUGAUUCUUGAUACCGAGUGGAAUUUCCUGUCGGAAAAUUCAUGAAAAUUUUACUGUUUUAUUAAAUUAUUUUCAGUUCCAUAAUUUUUCGAUGGAAAAUUCCACUUGAUAUCAACUCGGAAUCAUGGUCUGAAUUGUCCCUCAAAGUUUUCGUUCGAUGUCACUAACACGCUGUUAUGAGUGAAAAAAAAAUCGGCGGCGUUAGUUCCGAUUAUAGCCACGUGCUUAAAGAUUCUUGAUAUUCUAUAUGGGCGUGCGCUAAGGCGGUUAUCACACGGCCGCGCGGUCAGGCGGUGCUCGUGUGUUAAGAAUCAACAGGUUACAUACAAGUCAAUACUACGUUGCCAACCGCUUCACCGCUACCGCGACCUCGUUGUUUGAUAACCGACUAAAACUAGCAUCUGACCGACUUAUGCUGCGUCUACACAAACUUCUUCAAUGCUCAGUGUAAGUUGGUCUGCACCACGCGACCACGCGCGGUUUUGCGCGUACGAUCAACUUACACUGGGCGUGGAACAAGUUUGUGGAAUUAUCAAGCAUAAUUUGGUCUCACCGCCAGAGUUUUAGCAAACGCUAAGCUUACACUAAGAGAUACAAUACCGCCGCGUGCGGUAUCGAGCGACCAACGCACACUCGCAUACUCGGAAUGACACUUCAAGUCUUCGCAUUUCGUUCUCUUUCCAAAACUAUGACCAAAAAAAAACGUGUAAAAACAUCGUUGCCUAGCAACGGGCCACGGGCGAGUCUUCUCAAACCGACUCUAAUGUAAGUGAUAGAUUAAUCAUAUCUUAAGUGUUUUUCGUUGUAGUACCUUCACUAUCAACCUGUGUACUGUCGGGAUCACAUAUACGAAUUGUACGUUUCUAAGUGUUAUGGGAUAUACGACGAUCGCUGUGGGCCAAGAUUUAAUAUAUCUCAAUAUGUAUGGGAUCACUAGUAGUUUGCAAUAAUUUGAUGAUUCUAUAACGCGUAUACUUUGCUCCUAACUCGCGUGAGAGGUUAUAAGUAUUUUAAGCUAUUUCUGUAGUUUCGUUUAGAUCUAUAACUGAUUUUGGGCAACGAUGACUUGUAAUACUUCUUCGAGUUCUAUUGCCUAAAUUAAUAAUAAGAUACAAGUUUGACGUCUCCAAUGACGAUUUCAUGGUUUGUGUGACGACCAAAUAUUAAGUUUGAUCAAAACCGAAGCGUGGUUUAUAAAUCCGUAAAUGUUCCUAUUCUGCUUUCCUUUGACAGACAGAACAAUGAACGAGCAAAACAGUGGUUAGCAUCGUGUUACACCGAUGAUUUCAUAAACAUAUCAAGUUAUUUGGAUACAGAAUCAGCGAUAUUGAAUGUCUAAUGCAUUUUAAUGUUGUUUUAAAUUCACACGCGUACUUAUAUGGAGAGUUACUCUGACCUGUGACUCAUAAGCUACUCGGAGCGACAAUAAUACUCUUAUUAGGGAAGCUAGAUCCGUUUACAUAGUAAAUUCCGCACCUUGUCAAGUAUCGGUGAUCAAAGUAUGAUCGGACGAAGUAAUAAUGAUCAUAAUAUAAUUGAGCAAUUGACAUAAUAACUACAAAUUAGAACAAAUCGAUAGUUCGGUUUAAUAAAUUGAAAGUGCAAAUAUAUUAAUUCAAUUUUUUAAUGAGUACAAUACGAAGACAUCAAUAACGUGACUCAUAAACAAAACGCCGUAACACCAAUUGUCUCUUUCUCUCGGUUGUUUAUCAAAUUUAUGUUGUGAUUGUAUAUACAUAAUAUUAUAUUAUACAUUUUGUAAUGAAUAUACAUGUUAGUGCCAGAUAGGUUUUGUAUGAAAGUUUAUUGCGAGCGCUCCCGGGCUGCGCGGGCGCCGAGUGGCUCCUACGCCGGUGACGUCACGAGCGGCCGCGCCGCGCCGGCCAAUCACGGCCGAGUGACGUCACAGCGCUCCCCAUUGGACCGCCGGACCGUUUACGCAUGCGUACCUAAAUAACGCGUAGACACAAACAAUUCAAAUCAUUAUGGACAAACAUACAAGUUGUAAUGUUUAUAAUGAGCGACAAGAUGCCUUGUACAUAGUAUAUUGUAAGAAAUGUGUAGUUUUCAUUCUAUAUUUUAAUUUAAUGUAAACUAUAUUUAUAGCUAAGCGGACAAGGAGAUAACAUAAUAAUGUUUGAAUAGGAAAUAUGUGUGGAUGAGUGUUGGAUGAGAAGAGGCCUGGCGUGUGUGUGACUCCUGUUUUUUAAAUAAGACAAUUUAUUUUUAAAAUGGAUAUUGUAAAUGUUUGUAGAGGAGCUUGCAGCGUUCAGUAUAGUAUAGUCUAGGUCGACGGACGCGCCGAUAUACCUACGCUAGUUACCUGCUAUGUUACGGCCAGCGUAUCUAUAUACUUAACUCUAUUACUUUACACACGGAUCACAUUAUUUACCUUUGUUCAACAUCGAAAAAUUAUAGUUUAAUUUUGAAAUCACAAAUCGAUUGGUAGGUACUUACUUCCGCACAAAAUAUUUUUUGUUUGUUUAUAAUUUUAGUUGGUUAUUUAUUUAUUGUGGCGACGUAUGAUUUAAUUUUACAGCGAAGUUUACUUAAUUGUAAAGGGAUUGCAUGUGGUGUUUGGGUACUGCGAUUAUAUGAUCCGGGAAUCGAACCUAGUGCCUUGUCGUCGGGGGUAGUACAAUACCAUCCAACCAGACGUUUAUAUACUUUAGAACAAAUAUUACAAAUGCUAUAAUAUAGAAAUAUUUACAUAGAUUUUCUUUUACAUUAUUUUGCUUUUAAUUUUGAAGGCAAAUAGGAAAAUGAAGUCGUAAUUUUGCUUUUCAUUUUAAAGGCAAAUAGAAAAAUGAAUUCUUAAUUAAGUAUGCUUUUUAUUUUGAAGGCAAAUAGAAAAAUGAAGUCGUAAUUUUGCUUUUCAUUUUGAAGGCAAAUAUAAAAAUGAAUUCGUAAGACGUAUUAUAAUAUACAAGGUCUCUAUUUAGUGUUUAUUGUCUUGUUGUAUGGUAUAGAACUGUCUCAAACGUGAUAAAACCCACAUUUUUUGGUUAAUUGAUAUAUUAAUAUGAUUUAUUAAUAAUGCUCUGCCCAUUGUGAAUAUAAUCAACUCUUUUAUUUAUUUUAAGUUAUCAAAAAUCACAAAUGCAUCUCGUUUAUAAACUCGCAUCAUUGUACUUUGAUUAUUUGUUAUCGUUCUUAGUUCAUAAUUUUUGCAUUUUGUGUUUAAACUUUUUGUUGCUUAUUAAAUUCGAUGUUUUGCUCCUCGAUUUACCUUAGUAUGUCAGUUGGCGAGUACGCCUGAACGGCGUGUAUGUAUUAAUAUAUAUAUAUAUAUUAUAAUACUCGAUAUUUUAUGUUACCUACUGCAAUGAACUUAAUUGAAUGAUUUGAACAUAUCAAGAAGGAAUCGUUGCUAACUAAACUUGUCAACUGACUUAUUUACUCACAAUAUUUUCGCACAUUUAUAGCAUAAAUUUAUUGUCCUCCAACUAUGAAAUUAAAUCUAAAUGAGCCCUAAAAUUGAAGCCAAAUUAUAUUGACAUUUUGUACUAAGUUGAUGAGCAAGGGCGCGGGUGAACUGUUAGCGAUUGUUUUAGGAAAUUGUAAAAUACUGUUUUCUUUAUAUACACCGUCCCACACCUGACUAAAUGUUGCCUCUGUUCUUUCGCUAAAGUGAUUUGUGUCUUAUUGACAAUUAUAAAAGGUACAAAUCAGUUUUGGCGAAAAUUGUAGAUACGACAGUUUGUCAGGAGAAGGAUGACAUAGUAGCAUUCUUGUGUUGAUAGCAUGUAUAAUUUGUUUUUUUUUUAUUCGCGUUAAGGAUUAUGUAUAAAUUUGUUUUCCUCUAAUUUUAUUAUUUGUGUAACUAUACCUUAUGUUAUUGAUGAUAGAAUACAUUAAUUUUUAUGUAUGGAUUA